CGCAGGCGGAGCCGCGGCGGGGCCGCCCCGCCAUGUUCCGGAGCCCCGAGCAGCGGCAGCAGUUGUGAGUACGGGCGGGCCCGGGGGUUCGGCCGCGCAGGGACGCCCCGCCAGGUGGAGGAAUGAGCCUCUUCAGAGGUUUCUUCUGCCCCUUGGUGCCAAUUUGCAGCUCUAGUUAGUUGGGGUGCAGCAUUGCAGGCUGUAUGUACCGAGUCGUUCAGACAACAGGACCAGAUGGAAAAAACCUUCUGAAAUUGCUUCCCAUUUCUAAACCUUCUGGAAGUUUUGUGCCAAUAGUUCAGUCUCCAGCAAUGCCAAAUAAUUCUAAUGCAAACAUUCCUAGCCCAGUCCAUCUUACUUUUAAGACACAGCUUGGCAAUACCACUGUACCUUCAUCUGUUAAGAUACCUGUUUUCCAGCCUCCUAAUCCUGGAAACAUUAUUCUUACAAGGACAUUAGACAAGCAGGAAAGUGUUAGGACAGGUUCUGAAAAAGAAAGCUUGAUUCCAAGUGCAACUGUCGAUGCUGAGAGCAGCUGCAUGUCCAUGGAUGGACUGUCUUUGCAGAACGUGGCCAUUACAAGCUCCUCUCAGCCAAGCAGCACAACCUACAUGAUGAUGAACACCAAACCCCUCCCAAUGACAAUCAAGUCUCCAGUGCUGCCUUCUGGACACCACCUCCAGAUUCCAGCUGAUGCAGAAGUGAGAUCUGUCCCAGUGUCUCUUUUGCCACCUUCAAUACAGCAAAAAAUCCUGGCAGCUACAGCCACCAAUGCGUCUGGAGGGGCUGACGGUAUGAAACCGCCGAUGGUGAUUUACGUGUCACCUGUGAACACAGUGAAAACCUCCCAAGUCCUGCCAAAGCGCUUACAGAGCUUUUGCCCCAAUCCUGCCACAGAAGUUUCAGAGACACUGAUAGUGACAGCUGCCCAAAAGGGAUCUGGUUCUUCUGCUGAGCCAGUCACAUCUGAGGGGCAGCAGUGCCAGCAAACUCCCAUGAAAUGGAUUGUGCAAGAAACUGCCCCGCUCUCAGCAGCUUGUCUUAUCCCUGUAAAGUCUUCGAACAAUGUGGCUUCCAAGAUCCUGAAAGCUUUGUCAGACACGAAAAAUGUAGAAGUUAAUCCUGCAAAUAUUUUACCRCUCUGUUCUAAUGGUCCUGGUGGAAGCCAAACCAAAAUCACACCUUUAAAAGAUAAUGCUCUGGUCAUGUACAAUGGGAAAGUCUAUUUGUUGACCAAAAGAGGCUCUGAUGUUCUGUCAGCCCAGGCUGACAAACAAACAUCUUCCUCUUCUGAUGCUUCACUUAUAAAGGAGACAUCCAAGCAAAUGGAUUGUACUGAAGUCAAUAAARUAACAAGUAAAGUGGUGAAUGUGGUGUUUUCAAAAAGCGAAGGAGUGGUGCUGUCUGAGGAAGACGCAAAACCAUGUGCARUCUCCAAAAAUUCAUCACCAACUGGCUUAAGAAGUCAAUUAAAAUCCACACCUGCAGCUCUGGUGACACCAAGUGCUAAUCAGCAGGAUCUCACUGUAAUCCAGAGACAGAGUUUGCCCUUCACUGAGAGCGUUUUUUGCAAUGGAGUGAUCCCAGUUCCAKCAGUAGGCAUGCAGGACAGUGUGUGGCAAGGUGACAAAGAUACGAGCCAUUCCCCCAGAGCAGCAGGAGCUGUGUUACCUCAGGCUAAGCAGGAAUUUGCUGUCAGUGAAGACUGGCCAAAGAUCCAGUGUGAAAAGAUGGAUUCACCGAAAAAGGUUAUUCAAGUGAAGUACUCAGAGCAGCCACACUGGAAACAAUACUUGGAAUUAAGGAAGAAAUUUGGUCUCUUUAAGAAGGAGAUUGUUUACCUUACGAGAAUACCAUUAAGGGCCUCCUGUGAGAAACCAGAAGAAACAGUUUGUUCCAGUGACAACUUGAUAAUGGUGGAUACGGAAGAGGAUUUGACUAGGAAAAGGAGAACAAAAUCCUCACCAUUGUCAGACAGUGGCAAGAGAAGGAGAACUUCGAUCAAAUCAGCCACAAGUCCCAGUUUAGAAAUCACCAGCUUGAGUUCCAGUGCAUUUAACAGGAGUGUUUCACCUCCACCAACCUCACCACAGCCAAGUGUUCCCACUGGCUCUGCUGGAGUGUCCCAAGGGAGGGACUCAGAGCUGGACACGGUCCCCUCGUACAGUGAUGCUACCCACCCAAGGAUUUCAGGUUUAAUGACUUCUGAAGAGGAUAAUUCAGUUCUGGAAGGUUCUUUCCGAGAUGAUGCUUUCCCUGUGGCUCCCCCGGACCUGGAUGAGACAGUACGGGAUGAAAAAAUCAGGAGACUGAAGCAGCUCCUGCGGGAGCGGGAGGCAGCACUGGAGGCAAUGCGCCGGGAGAUGCAGCAGAGCUGAAAUGCCUGCCCUGGGGAUCCCUCGUGCAUCGCUUYUUCAGUGACUUCAAGAGGAAAUCCCUUGUUUAAAAGGAUAUUUCUGGUAGAUGGAGGAACUUGAUGAAAUUUGUGUGUAUUUACAGAAUUGUAGUUUUUUGUUAAAUGCCAGAAAUAAGAGACUUGGACCAUCAAAUUCUGCUUCUGGGAUAUGAUCCAAGAGCACUGACAGGGCAUUUUUACCAGCRUUAUUUCCCAUAUUUUGAAUCAAGGGGGUUCUGUAUUAGUGCUAGCAAAGAAACUUUCCCCUUUUGCAUUCCAUGACCUGGCUCAUAGAACUCAAAUGCAAAUUGCAAACCCCAGUUGUAGAUACGUUUUUGUUUAUUUUCAUGUGCAUGAGAACUUUGAGAAAUUCCUGAGAACUGUCAAUUUUCAGAAGAGGUCAAUAGUCAGUGGUUAAUAAAUGCUAUUUAAAGGAUCUUGGACUUAGACUUUAGGCAGUAACAAUGCAGAUAUUUAUACAAAACAUCUUGCAGAUGUGAAGACAGAGUCAGGAGGAGCCCUGUGACAGUUGUUUGGAUUCAUGGCUCUCCCUGUCAUUAUUGUGAGCCUUUAUAAGGCCAUGGCCAGCUGYACAAUGUGGAAAAUUGGUGGUGGGGUUGUUUUGGAAGGGUGGGAUGUAUUUUUUAAAAAAGAACUCUGUUAAUAAUAAUUUCUUGAAGCUAAAAGAUUUCUUUAUCCCUGAGUGGUAUCUUUAACAGUCCUCAGUGAGUUGUGUGAACAUGUUUGUUGUUGUUUGAACAUGUCUUUGAACAUGUUUGCUGCUUGAACAUGUCUCUUGCCACCUUCAGUUUAUGGUACUUUAGUUUGUCUUGUAGGAGGGCAUGUGCCCUCAKAUUGUCUUUACAUCCUAAUUUUUAUAGGACUUCGUGUGUGUUUUCAUACAUGCUCUACUGUAUGUGUAGGGACACCUCUCCUUGUCCUCUGUUGUCCACAUCUUUGAUCCUUCCAGGUUCCUUGUGCUGUUUUCAGUUUCCCUGCCACCAAUUAAUAACUGUUUUUGCCAGCAGAAYUUGUCAUUGUUUUGUUCUUGUCUAUUUAUGUUCAUAUUAAACAUCACCAAUCCCUGUA